CUUCAACUUCGCGUUCAAUACUCUCUAGGAGGACCUCUUUUUCCAAAAGUCGUCUUCUUGUUGGUCAGCUUGCCUACAAUUUACAGAGCCCAGAACAUGGACGUCACAUUAGACAACACCACCCUGUCGACGCUCUCCCUCCUAGAGGCGCGUCUGCUACGCAUCGAGCAUCUUCUCUACGGCCCGUCCGCCGCUCCUACUUUCUCACAAUCAUCCCGCGAAGACUCCGCAGCCGAGGCCCUAGAGAGUUUAGAACGUCGGUUUUACGCCCUUCUGGGCCGGAUUAAAGUCUAUGGCGAGCUCAUGAAGAUCUACAAGGUGCAUCCGACUCUUUUCCACCCCCCUCCCCCAGACCAACCACCCAUCGACCUACCCGCCGAAGCCAUCCGCGCCACCGUCAUCGCCUCCGCCGCCAGCUUCCCCGCCAUCGCCUCCUCCUUGACAUCAGUCUCCGACUGCCCCGUCCCAGACCCCGCGCAGAGCGCCGCCCUGGCGUCCCUGGCCCCCCGAAUGCGCGGCGUGGAGGCCACGCAACGCGUGCAGGCGGCAGAGAUGGCGGAGCUGCGAGCGCGGAGCGAGGCCGUCAUCCAGAGCUGGUACGAGGACGGCGUGCUGGCCGCUUCGCGAUUCGUUGCCGAUGUGGAGGGACGCGCCGAGAAGGUGGAGCGCCGCAUCAGGAGGGCGGAGAGGGAGAGGGAGAGAGAGGCGGCGGACGGCGCUCUCUGGGAAGAGAAUCGAUCUUGACGAGCAGGCGAGACGGGAAAGACGCUAGCACUUACCGUUGUAAUAAUGGCGGCCGCUCAGACUCCGUUAUGGGGAAGGGGGGGCUCUGGAGACACGGCGGUGGGUUUGGGUGCCUGCAAGCAACGGCGCAACAGAAGCGCAAGAGCGCAAAGCAUUGCUUCGACUACAGAGAGUCUCAUAAGAACCUCUCGUUGGAUUCGGAAAGGCGGCGCCGCCCGAGGAACGUGUGAGUCAGCUGAUCCUAUUCGCACGAUUCCAUCAUGAUAUGCUGACCCAUCUCCGUACGGAGGGGGAGACAAAGAGCGCAGACGAUAUAGAUGAGGUCAAAAAAGGGUUGCGUGGGGAG